UCGCUCAAUUCUUGUGAUGCCUUUGUGCAGAAGUUCCGUGCCUACGGCCUCGCUCCUGAUGUUAUUUGCCCAACUGCAGGCCGUUCAGAGACUCUUACUGUCUGCCUACGACGCCCACCCAUGAAUCCGGGUUUUAUCUCUUCUGAGUCCAGAGUGGCUAAUACUAAUUCCAAUCCGCAAUUUAUACAGCAGCAACAACAACAAGUUUCUCAAUCGUCAAGCUCUGGCUUCGGUACUACUGCUUUGGCACGAGGUGUUAUCUCUAUUCACAGCCUUAGCUAUGGUACCGUUCGUGUUGACUCUGAAGAUUCGUUGACCUCUCUUACUUUACAAGACUGUGGCCAAGUUUUGCCUGGAUGUAAGUUAAUCUGUAUUUACGGCUCUUGA